AUGGCUUCCAAUCAAGUCCUCCCGUCAAAUAGACGGACGAUUAAAAAGUAAGUUUAGGCAAUUAGAACCGGAUUUAUUGUUUUAUUUAUUAUAGAAAAAAAGAAAAGACGAACCAUAAAAUAACUGAAUACUUUCCGGUACGACGGAGCACCAGGAGAACUACGGAGCAACUUAAGGUAUGCGUUUAGAUACAAUUUUGAUUCAUAUUGUAGAGUGAAGAGAAAGAAAAGAUUAGAAGUCUGAUAGAAACCGGAUAUUAUGAAGAUUACCUUCGAGUAUAUGAGACCGAAGAGAAAGGAAGAGGAAUCAGGGCCGGUAGACCUUUCAAGAAAGACGAAUUUGUGGUGGAAUAUCGUGGAGAGAUGUUGACAGCAGCUGAAGGAAAGAAAAGGGAACAAGAAUAUGCCCGGAGCACAACGAUUGGCUCUUAUAUGUACUUUUUUCAACAUCGAAACCAAAGAUUGUGUGUGGAUGCCACCGCAGAAACGCCGUAUAAAGGCCGAUUGGUGAACCACAGUUUUUUAAAACCGAAUCUCAAGUCGAAAGUAGUGGAAUUAGAUAACUCUAUUCAUCUUUGUUUAUUUGCCAAACGAGAUAUUGCAAUUGGGGAGGAGUUAGUGUAUGAUUAUGGGGAGCGCAGGACUCAUGCCAUUGCGUUUAAUCCGUGGCUGAAACACUCCUAA